AUGUUGGGUGUAGUACACUUGCGUACGACGCCAUACCAUCCACAGUCGAACGGAAUGAUCGAGCGUUGGCACCGCACGCUAAAGGCCGCGAUCAGGUGUGGGCCGAACAACGAUUGGAGCUCCGCUUUACCGCUUGUUUUGUUGGGAAUGUGUACUACCGUUAAGACGGACAUAAACGCCAGUCCAGCUGAAAUGCUCUACGGGAGACCAAUAUGUAUACCAGGCGAGUUUCUACACGAGAGAAAACGGCGAUCCGGCCAAACAGAAUUUAUGGAACAGCUGCGAGAAGCAAUGAGUAAAUUACCCAUGACGAAACCUUCACGCCACGGCGAAGCACAAACAUAUAUACAACCAGCUUUAAAAGACUGUAAGUUCGUAUUCGUUCGAAUAGAUCGAGUACGCCAACCCUUGGAGCCACACUAUGAAGGUCCAUACGCAGUUCUCUCGAAGCAGGAAAAAUAUUUCGUAAUCAAAGUUCGACAAAGAGAAGUUAAAAUUUCUAUUGAUCGCUUGAAGGCAGCAUUUAUUUUUAAUCACGACGUCACGGCAACGGCAACAGCAACGGAAAGCUACGAAGAUGAGAGAAACACACAGAACACCGUAGACAGAAACGAAACAACGCCUACAGCAGGAACAGACAAUAACAGAAACGAGAAUAAUAGGGAGGACGAUAAAAGCGAAAUGAAGGAGGAGGCUGUCAG